AUUGAGGGAUUUUUGAAUGGCUAUUGUGACUGGUUGUCCAAUGGUUAUACGUCAAUAUUUAUGUUACUGAUUCUGUGUCCAUACUGGUAUCUGAGUAUCACUGGCGCUAUGACAGCACAAGCUCGUUUAUCCAUUGACAGACUCUUCUUGGAAGGAUCGCCCAUGCUCGAGCCCAGUCAUUAUGGCAUCUGCACAAAUUGGUACCCGGUCAAUUUGCCUAGCGACAUUUUGACUAAUGACAUUCUUCGUAAUGCGCAUGCGAGACUAUUGGACCCACCCGUUCAGAGGAUCUUGAGGAUGUUCAUCUCGUAG